GAAAACUUUCUGACUUCUGCUCCGCAGCAUCAAAUAUUACGCCUCGAAGCAAGCGAAUAUCGGAGUGAGCUACGCUAGGAUGAUGAUGAGUUUUCUGAAAACUCUGCUGUUUUUUGGACCCGCAUGUUUAACCCUGACUGCCCCUGCAAGUCACAACAACUUCUUCUACCAUGACUUCCUUAAAGGAAAUGCCAACAAAGAAAUUCAUUUCAGCGGCGUGAAGCUGCAUGUGGACUCUGCUCAGCCCUCGGUGUCUGCAGUUGGAGGGGGGAAUACCACCAUACCGUGCAGGUUUUGGUAUGAGCCUGAGUUGGGCUCGCAGAGGAAGGUUCGGGUCAAGUGGUCCUGGUUGCCUGCUGCUGGAGGACAUGAGACAGACGUACUGGUGGCCAUCGGCUCGCACUGUCGAAGUUUUGGAGACUUCAGGGGUCGUGUGCAGCUCAGACAGGAUUUCCCAGAAGAUGCUGCACUUGUGAUGAUGACCCUCCAGCUGAAUGAUACAGGCCGUUACCGCUGCGAGGUGGUGGACGGACUGGAGGACGGGAGCACUUCAGUUUAUCUGGAGUUGUCAGGUGUGGUGUUUCCCUACCAGCACGCUCGUGGUCAUUACCAGUUCAGCUUCAGGGGAGCCCAGCAGGCCUGCAAGGAGCAGGACGCCACGCUGGCCACCUUCACACAGCUCUUCCAGUCCUGGAAGGAGGGCCUGAACUGGUGCAAUGCAGGCUGGCUGGCAGACGGGACGGUCCAGUACCCCAUCACACGGCCCAGAGUGCCAUGCGGGGGGCACGGCCUUGUGCCAGGGGUCCGGAGCUACGGCAGACGGCACCUGCAGCUUCAUCGCUACGAUGUUUUCUGCUUCUCCUCUUCACUAAGAGGUAAAGUCUACUAUCUUCAGCCCUCUCAUAAGAUGACCCUGACUGAGGCUCAGCGGGCGUGUCAGGAGGACGGAGCUGAGGUCGCCAAAGUUGGACAGCUCUACGCUGCCUGGAAACUCACGGGGCUGGACCGCUGUGACGCCGGCUGGCUGGCUGAUGGAAGCGUUCGGUAUCCCAUCACCAGGCCACGAAGAAACUGUGGUCCCCCUGAGCCAGGGGUGCGCAGCUUUGGCUUCCCACCUCCUCAGCACAAGUAUGGAGUCUACUGCUACAAGUCAGGCGGUAAAUGAGGGUCUAUUCCUGUUUUGUACCAGGUCAAAAAUAUCAACGU